CUUUUUUUAUUCUGCUAAUAAUCAAAAUUCUGCACAUAUAUUUUCUCGUCUGCCUGGUGCUCCAUCUGCUUCCUCCUUAUGGGCUCCAAAAUGCUCCAAUCUUCUGUGGGUGUGUCGAUCUGCGUCUUCUUCAGCUUCAACACAAUCUUCUAGAGAUUAACAAACAGUACAUUUUAUUACCUAGCUGGCCUUGUUCGGAGGGUUAACAGCCUAACAGGAAUUGGCCGCGUUUACAGCGCUUAAAAUGUUGCUUGCUUGAUGGACUCUUGUGGAAUGAACUCUAAGAAUCAUGGCUAGCUUCAGCGAAGACGAAGAAUGCCGAUUUUUUGAUGCUCAAGAGGAGGUUUCGUCUAUUGCUGAUGGAAAUUUAGAUGACGCGGACACAACUGACGCUAAUUCAAGUUCGAACUACGGAACGUGCACUGGUACGGAUUAUGACAUGUGGAUUCGGAGCCCAAUGAGCGUGCGAGAGCGUAGGAGUAAAUUCAUGAAGUGGAUGGGACUGGGUUUGGAUCAAAGUGCCCUUGAAAAUUCUGUAGAUGCAAGCGGUGUUGGGGAAGAAGAUAUGAACAGAAUCAAAGAAGGUAACGGGAAGGUGACCUUCGAUUCUGCGGAGGAGUUUUGCUCAAUUCGGUCAUCAAUGUCUUGUUGGUCUACUGUAAAUUCUUUGGACGAUCUUGGUACCACGGAGAACUCGGUAUGUGAAGAUGGGAUUUUGGACAUGAGAAUGAGUUAUAAUUUGGAUCUGGAGGGUCAGCAUGUUAAAGAGGUUAUUUCUGAUCAAUGCGUAGUCGCAGGGGCGCCUCGGGACUGUGGGAACAAAUCUGAGGAUUCUCCCCCUUCCCAACAUUUGGCAGGUAAGGAGUAUGGUGCGUCCGAUGUUUUUGGGCUGGGGACGAAGAGGGCAAAAAGGGGUUGGUUCAAAAAAUUACGUUCAAUAACAGGCAUGGCUGACGGGGAAGGUGAUGGAAGGCAAGAAGGCAAUUGUGCCCGACGGUGUAGGAUCCAAAAAGUUAAAGUCCGUCAUAGCAGGAGGCAGAAAAAGGAACUUUCAGCCCUUUAUAUGGGGCAAGAUAUUCAAGCUCAUGAUGGUUCAAUUUUGACCAUGAAAUUCAGUCCUGAUGGACAGUAUCUUGCUAGUGCUGGUGAAGAUAUGAUUGUGCGGGUGUGGCAAGUUGUGGAAGAUGAGAGAUGCAAUGAAACUGACAUUCCUGAUAUUGACUCAUCCUGCAUAUACUUUACGGUGAAUAAUCUCUCUGAAUUGACGCCCCUCUUUGUGGAUAAGGAACAAAUGAGCAGACUUAAGAGUCUGAAGAAAACAUCAGAUUCAGCUUGCAUCAUUUUCCCUCCUAAGGUCUUCCGGUUGUUGGAAAAGCCAUUGCACGAGUUCCAUGGGCAUAGUGGUGAAAUUUUGGAUCUUUCUUGGUCAGAGAAUAAUUAUCUGUUAUCAUCUUCUGUUGACAAGACUGUCCGGCUAUGGCAAGUGGGAUAUGACCAUUGCAUGAAAGUUUUCUCGCACAGCAAUUAUGUGACUUGUGUACAAUUCAAUCCUGCGGACAAUAGCUAUUUCAUUACUGGAUCUAUUGAUGGAAAAGUGCGCAUCUGGGCAAUUCCAGAAUGUCAUGUUGUUGAUUGGACUGAUAUUAGAGAAAUUGUGACUGCAGUGUGUUACCGACCUGAUGGGCAGGGUGGGAUAAUUGGCUCCAUCACAGGAAAUUGUCGGUUCUACAAUGUCUCAGAGAAUCACUUGCAGUUGGAUUCACAGCUAUGCUUAGUUGGUAAAAAGAAACAUCCUGUCAGAGGGAUAACUGGCUUUCAGUUUCAUCCCCAAGAUCCUGGCAAAGUUUUGGUUACCAGUUCUGAUUCAAAAGUCAGAAUCCUUGAUGGGGACAAUGUGAUUGGCAAAUACAAAGGCAUUAGCACGGGAAGCCAACUAUCUGCAUCAUUUACUUCAAAUGGGAAGCACAUUUUAUCAGCCUGUGAAGACUCUAAUGUAUAUUUAUGGAACGUUAGUCAGGAACAGUCUAGUCCCAAAAAAGCAAAGAAGAUUAAAUCUUGCGAGCGGUUUUAUUCAAAUGCAUCUGUUGCAGUACCAUGGCGUGGCUUGAAAUCUCAAAAUCAUGUUUAUGAUUAUCAGUCGGAUAUACUGGGUCAGAGAUCACCUCAAAUUAUACGUCUCAACCCACCUGCUUCUUUUUCUCUCAGCCAAGAUUAUUACUUGGAAUCCAUCCCCAAGGGAUCUGCAACUUGGCCUGAGGAGAAGCUUCCUGUUUCAAGCCUCAAGGCUAAAAAGUCUGCAAUGCAUAAAUCUGAAUACAAGUUCUUGAAAUCUUCUUGCAAGAGUACAUCCAGUUCUCAUGCAUGGGGUAUGGUCAUCGUCACUGCAGACUGGGAUGGGCGGAUCAGGUCAUUCCACAAUUAUGGGUUACCCGCACCUGUCUGAAAUUUAGUGACUUGGCUAAUUUCAACUAGAGAAUCGAACAUCUUUGCUUUGCUUGAGCAUGUUGUCCUGGGCAAAUUAUAUGCUGCUAAUAUUCUUUAAGGCUUGAGACUGAUGUUUGGCAGGACCAGUAACAAAGCUGGUUGAGGUCAAAUUCUAAUUAGGGAUUGCAGCCUAGAUGAUUCAAGGAACUUUGCCUUUCAGCUCAGCCCCAUUCAAAUUUUCUAGGAGUAAUAUCAACAAUCGGUGCAUGACCGGGGGCAGUUUAAAUCAGUGAGUGGCCAAGGUCAAAUUGCCUUUUGUUGCACAAGAAUUUGUUGACCCCUAAAAGAGAUGCAGAGUCAUGUGUUGGACCUUUAAUAUGCCUCAUUUGGUGAAAGGAGAGUUGGGGAUUCAGGAGCUGGUGGCUGAAGUUUGCUUUGCUAAAAAUGGUGGGGAGUGUCUUGCAUCAUAUCAUUGGCUCUCAUAACUGAUAAGAUCUGUGUCUCCUCGUUUUCCCAUCCAUCUGAUGGUAGGCCCCCUUGGAUCUGGGUUUUCAAGUGUGGUGCCAAUCAACGGAGUGGUCAUUUCCGCUUCCACAUCAGCUCUUUUCCCCGGGGGCAAGAAAUAUACAAAACAGUACAUUCUCAUUAGUGGCUCUAACUGACCGAGCGAUGGGCAAGUGCUUCAGUGCUCACCAUAUCAUUGCUAACAAAUAUUUGAUAUGUAUAUGUCAGAUUUAGGCUAACAACACUUCUGAUUAGUUCUGUUACUCAAGUGUCAAAUCUUUCGAUCCUACAUUCAUAGAAAUGCCAUUUUGUUAUAGGCAGAUAAGUAUACGUGUAAUUUUCUAAUGUAAAAAAAAUUCUUUUUUGGAUCAGCUUCUUGCUGAUGUAAUUUUUGUGCGUGGCACUUGACAGCCGAAACGGUUGCUUGGAAAUCGAAGAAUUUAUUGAUACUCGAAA